UGUAUAUAAAUACGGACGUAAAAUGAAGAAUCUGCAAAUUAUUCACCACAGAGAAUUACCAAGAAGACGACCAACACCAAUAACUCACUGCAAUUUGCAAAGAGAGGAAAUGGAGAGUAGUGUCACCGGAGGUGAGGAUAGCGGAGCCAACAUAAGCCUCAGCGUGAAGUUCAGUGGCAGAACCAUACCCAUCACAAAUCUUUCUCCGGACUCAACCAUCAAAGACCUCAAGUCCCUUCUGCAACCUCUCACCAAUGUCCUCCCUCGUGGCCAAAAGCUCAUUUGCAAAGGGAAGCUUUUGGUGGAUGGAAUGACACUGAAGGAGUCUGAGGUCGCUAAUGGGUCCAGGAUCAUGCUCAUGGCUUCUCAGGGCUUGCAUCAAGGGGACGGGCCCAUCCUAAAACAAGCUCCCACACGCCCCAUUUCCAGAGCCAACAAUGCUACUACAUUGGGAAAAGAAAAGACAGAAGUUUCUGUUGAUAAGAACCGGUUGGAUCGAUGGAAAGCUACUGGGGUUAUUGGACUCCGUGACUACAACUUGAGGGCUAUACCCGAUGAAGUGUGGGCUUGUGGAACUUCUGCAAGAGUUAUUGAACUCAGCAAUAAUGCUAUUCCAGCGGUACCUGCCAAGAUUGGCUGUCUAAGUUCCUUGCAGAAAUUGUUCCUCUCUGCAAAUGAUAUAUUGGACAAUUCUAUUAACUGGGAAGCUCUGGUAUCUUUGAAGUUUCUAACUGUUCUGUCUCUGGACCAAAACCAUUUAACGACUUUGCCACCUGCAUUGGGCUUGUUGACAUCACUGAGGCAAUUUCACGUUGCAAACAACAAAUUGUCUAGCCUCCCAAAUGAAAUAGGACUUUUGACUAAGCUUGAAGUUCUGAAAGUCAACAAUAACAGGAUAAACACCAUGCCUACGUGCAUAGGGGACUGUAUUGGACUUAUUGAGGUUGAUGUUUCAUCAAAUCUUCUAUCUGAGUUGCCUGAGACAUUUGGCAAUUUGCAUAAUCUCAAGUCUUUGUGUCUCAGCAACAAUGGGUUGAAAUCCCUUCCUUCUACGCUAUUCAAAAAGUGCCUACAGCUCACAACACUUGAUUUGCACAACACAGAGAUAACCAUGGAUGUUCUUCGUCAGACGGAAGGAUGGGAAAGUUUUGAUGAACGCCGUCGCUUGAAGCAUCAGAAGCAACUGGACUUCCGAGUUGUGAACUCCGGUGCAUUUGAUGAAGGUGCUGAUAAGAGCUGAUGCGACACAUUUCUGGAUUACAUGAGGCGGUUGGGCAAAUUUGUGGUCCAUGCUGACAUUUGUAUGUAGAAGAACCAAUGUAAAGCUUUGAUGCCUCUGUUACUUGAAUUGUUAAUAGGAUUUUAUAUAAAUCAAAGAAAUUGGUGACAUUGAUACAUGAGAAGUUACUGUGAGAACAAUUAUGGAGCAAGAGAUGACCAGUUUUAAUUGUCCUGUGAUUA